AGGUGGCACUGACUGGCACUGAUGGGUGACAUUGAAAGGCAGCUCAGAUGGGCACUGAUAUGUGGCACUGAUGGGCACUGGCACAUGGCACUGAUGGGCACUGGCACAUGGCACUGAUGGGCACUGACAGGUGGCACUUCUGGGGCCACACUGAUCAUCAGGGCACACUGAUCAUCACUGUCAGCAUGACAGCUCGAGAGGAGAGAAAUGCCGAUAACCUGCAUUUUCCAUGUUUACAUGUGAUCAGCUGUGAUUGGACACAGCUG